AUGCCUGCUGCGGGUGACGGUGCCUGUGAGUGUCGCAUUCACCGCCGCAAUCGUCAGUGCAGCAGCCCCACUCAACAUCCGCGUCGCUCCUCCAGCUCAUCUCUUCCAGAGACGGCUGUCCGCCUUGCGGACGGCUUUCGCCCGCGUAGCACGAGGAGUCAGCUGAUAAGGCGGGAUGGCGGUCGCUACGACGAGCCCUACGCGGCCAUCGUGGAGAGCGACGAUGCGGUUUCUGUCUUGUGCGUACAGCUCACACGGCAGCAGGUGCUUGUGCGGCACAUGCCAGAGCAGGAGUGGAGCCGCAUCGUGCGCGAGGGUGAGAAGGUGCAUCCCGGCAUUGAAGGCAAGACCAGUCUGCACAUUGUGGCACCGCCCGAGAUGAGCACACUGCCGGUCGGCGCCACCAAACCCGCUGACGAGCCGCACAGCCCUGAACAACAGGCAUCGCCUGGGACUGCAGCGGCGGAGCCACCCGUCUUCGAUUACUUUGUGGCCCCAGAGAACCGCAUUGAAAAACUGACAAACACAAGAAAGGCGUCCUUCUCACAACUCCGCUUGCGGGCGCACUAUUCUCGGAAGGAGCUGGAGCGGGUGGCUCGCGAGGAUCGCCGCGCGAUGCUCUCGGUGGAGCGGCGCAACAUCUUUCUGCGGCAGUAUCAGCGGGACAUGCAGCAUCGCAUGGCAGGCACACCACUGUAUACGGUGGGGCGCGUACUGCCAGAGGAGUUUGUUCAGAUUUUCUUUAUGUCCCAGGAUCACCAAGGGACGAUGGCCCAGCGUGGGGAGCGAAGCGAUGCCGCCCGCACGCCCCAGGCUCAGCACAGCUUGCAGAGGAACACUUCUGGGCGAUAUCUGUUCACCAUUGAUCGCAGCUUGACCUGCUUUGGCGAGGGCCUACCGUUUGCGGGUCAGGCCCCAGUGGAUGGCUUAGUGGUCGUCACUGUCGCACCAACGGCGGACGCGUUCACCUCCGCGUGGGGGCUGUGGGAUGAAGUCCACCGCCUCUCCAGUGACGAGGAGAAGAAGCCGUUUGUUCCCUGCGACUACGGCUCCGCCGAUUACAUGCCACGCACAGGCCUCGAUGACCCUCACGAUCCGAGGGAAUGCCCAGAGAAGGGAGAAGCCGACGCCACGGCGAGUGCUGCCUAA